AGCGUUUGGUUACCUAGGGAGGGGAACCUGGAACUGCUGUCUUAAUCUUACCUUCACCGUGGCUCUCGUAAUAAGCGAGGUUCCAUAAGGCCAUACGACCGCCAGCUGUUCUCUCUCCUCCUCCUCCUCUCUCUUCUCUCCUCUCUCCCCGAGUCCUAGAUCCAGGCUGCGGCACUCAACACUUCCCUGCUUUCGGUCCCGCCCCCUCCUGUCAGAGUUCACAAUCAACAUGAAGUCCACCGUCUCCCUCCUCGCCACCGGCUUCCUUGCCGCGUCCCUGGUUUCCGCGGGCCCAGCUGUAGAGCGUGCUGCAGCUACUCUGUCGGACUGCUUGAACAGCAAGAGCGUGCCUACCCGCUGGAUCAACUCACCGGACUACGCAGAUCUGGCUGAGCCGUUCAACACUCGACUUCCCUACAAGCCCGUCGUUAUCGUCCUGCCUGAGACAAACCAGAAUGUCCAGGACGCCGUUGUCUGCGCUGCCCAGUUCGGCGUCAAGGUGCAGGCCAAGUCUGGGGGUCACUCGUAUGCUUCGUUCAGCAGUGGUGGCCAGGAUGGGUCGAUGAUGAUUGACCUCCAGCCUAUGCAGAACAUCAAGCUGGACAAGUCCACCAACAUCGUCAAGGUUGGCGGAGGCGUGCGUCUCGGAAACCUAGCGCAGGGGAUCUGGGACCAAGGACAGCGCGGUCUCUCUCAUGGUACCUGCCCCGGUGUCGGCAUUGGAGGCCACUUCACCCACGGCGGCUACGGCCACACGUCUCGCAACUGGGGUCUUGCUCUCGACCACAUCGUCGGCGCUGAAGUAGUCCUCGCCAACGGCACACUAGUGAACGCUACUGCGUCUCAGUACCCUACCAUCUUCUGGGCCGUCCGCGGAGCCGCUGAUUCCUUCGGCAUCGUCACUAACUUUUACCUCCAAACGCACGAGGCGCCCAAGGCCAUUACCUAUUUCUCCUUCCAAUGGGGUACCGCGCUGUACGGCAGCAAGACUAAAUUCGUGAACACGUUCCUGCACGUCCAGGAUUUCGCCACGAAUGCUUCGGUCGUCGACAGCCGCAUUUCGUUUGGCAUCUAUCUCGAUGGCGUGGGCGCGUACAGCCUCAGUGGCACUUUCUUCGGCACCGUCAAUGAGUUCAAUACCAAAAUUAAGCCCGAGUUCCUCCGCACCCUGCCCACUCCCGGAACCGUCAUCGUCAAGUCUUACGACUGGAUCGGCUACCUGACACUCCUUUCGGACAAGGAUACCAUCAAAGAACCGCUCACCGGCUAUGACGAGCACGACAACUUCUUCGCCAAAUCCAUCACCGUGCCCGAGCGAGACGGCCUGAGCAAAAACGCCCUGGGCGCGUUCUAUGACUACAUCAAGAAGGGCACCUCAGCUUCCUACUUCGUAAUAAUCAACCUCUACGGCGGCCCGGGCUCUCAAAUCAACAACAAAGACACCUCCUUCGCCGCCUACAACGAUCGCGACUCGUUGUGGGUGCUGCAGAACUACGGCGAGACGGCCGCGAGCAUCGACUUCAUCAACGGGCUCAACGACGUUAUCAUCGGGGCGCAGCCGUACACGCAAUUUGGCGCGUACUUGAACUAUGUGGAUCCGAGCUAUGAUGCUGCCACUGCGCACGAGCUGUACUAUGGAGCGGAGUUGUAUGCGGAGCUAGCGUCGUUGAAGAAGCAGGUUGAUCCGAAGAUGGUGUUUUGGAAUCCGCAGGCGAUUGGGGCGUAGAGUGCGAGGAGAUUGGUGAAUAUGACGAUGGAGGAGGCGGCUUAGCAUGGCAUGGCAAUGGCGUUAUGUGUACAAUGUCUGGGAUCUAUCUCUCUGGAGGGGAAAUGAUUGCAAUUUAUGGUUUACUACGGUUCUAACCUCAUCGUCCUUCCGUGUUAACUUGUAUGGGUCGGUGGUCAUGGACACCGAGGCUGCUUCCUCUGCA